AUGGGAGACGCCAAAGUGCUGGCAGGUAAACUCAGACUAGGGGAAGAGGAAGAGCUCAGCAGGCUACUCGAUAUCGUACCUGAUGUGGUACUCGAUGUGGCGUUGAUGAAGAUUGACAAGGAACCCACAGGUGCCGUGAGACUGCUACCCGUGACGGGAGACGACAGCGAGCGUGAACUCAGAGGGCCUACAGUUGCGGAGCUCAACAUGCUUGACAAAGAGCUCACACUGCUCGAGGUCGUAUUUGUCAAGACCGCAGAUGAUGCACCAACGGGCGUGGCGCUGCUGCUCGAUGAAGCGUUGGAUGGAACGGUAGAAGGACUGGGGGAUGGCGUGACGCUGGCGGCAGCACUUGUCGGGCUCGACUGCGAUGAAGUUGCUGUGCCCAGGAUACUGCUCGAGCUUGUAGAAGUGUUGAAGCUAGGGCCCAUGAGAGUGGUUGUGGUCGAUAGACUGGCUGCUGGUGGAAUGCUAGCCAACACACUCGUCGAAGGACUUGAUGUAGAAUUGGGAUCAAACGAGGUGAGUAUUGAUAGAGUGCCGACUGUUGAGCUCGAGUUCCCCGUUGGUGCGAUAGAGCCGGAAGUUGGGGCCGACGGGUUCAGAUUCGACGUUGUUGGAGACGGUACCGACGAACUCGUGAGACUUCCUGACAACACCCCGCUGGACGUUACUGGAGUUGAGCUUGUGGUAAAUGAAAUGUCGGGAGAAGACGAUGCCGAUGAGAUAUCUAACAGAGAUGAUGAAGAUGUGGCCUCAGUUCUAGAUGUUCCUGGUGAGAUGCUUGGCGAAGUAGGUGAUGGUAUUGGGACGACGAUUGAAGAUGAAGGGACCGCCUCGGAUAGUGUCGAACUUGCUGUCGAUAGUGAUGCCGAAGCAGGUAGUGUGCUAUCGAAGGCCAUCGACGUUGGAGGAGGAGCAGACGCCGAAGAGCUGCUGGAAGCAGGAGUAACAGGAGACGUAGUCGCUGUGAUAGUUAUCGUCUGGCCAGAGCUUGUUUGUGUGAUUGUUGACGUGAAGGCACCCGGUGCACUGCUACUGGUGGGCUGCGAUAGCGAUACGGUGAAGCCUCCGCUUGAUGGUGUGACUGCUGAGCUCGCUGGUGUUGAUGAACCUCCACUUGAAUCAGAUGAUUGCAAUGGAGGGAUCGCAAACGACGUAGCGCCGCUAAUGAUGGUAGUCGCAGAACUGAUAGAUGUCGUGAUCUGCCCUCCGAGUAGAGUAGAUGUGAGCGUGACCGGAGAUACCGUGGUCGCACUCAAUGCAGUGGACGCUGGAGGCGUUGCACUGAGCACAGUUGUCGAAAUCAAUGUCACUGCUGUCGUCUGCCCACCAGGCAGAGUGCUCGUCACUGUAACGAGCAAGCCUGAGGUUAUGGGCGACAUCAGGCUGGUUGAGGGAGCCGGAGGUACAGCAUUAGGAGGAGUAGCUGAAAUGCUGAUUACAGUCGUACGUCCAUCAGACAGAGUGGUUAUAGGUGCGGUAGAGCUCGAUGCUGGAGGCAGGUUCGAGCCAGGCGAUGAACUCAGUGGAGGCCCAGCGAUCAGAGUUGUGGAUGUGCUGGACAGGAUCGUCGUCUGUCCGCUAGGUGUGAUGCUGGUAAUAACGAGGAUAGUGCUCGACACUGUAGCUGAACUGCUGGUUAUCGACUCGUCUGACAAUGAUGGCGCAACCGUAACGGAAGUACUGGUCGUUGAACCAGGUGACCCUAAUGAUACGCCCGGCGUUUGUGUGGCGGCCGAAGGCAGAGAGACCCCUGCUGUACUUGAGAUUAUACCCGGGGUGGAGGGCGUUAAGUUCAAAGUCGAUUGA